CCUUGUUACUUAGCUUCUUUGGGUCUGUAGAUUGUAUUAUGGUUAUCCUGUACUAUAGGUCUAAUAUCCUCUUAUAAGUGAGUACAUACCAUGUGUGUCUUUCUGGGUCUGGGUUAACUCACGAUUUUUUUCUAGUUCCAUCCAUUUGCCUGCAAAUUUCGUGAUUUGUUUUUAAUAGCUGAGUAGUAUUCCAUCGUUUAGAUGUGCCACAAUUUCUGUAGCUAUUCUUCGGCUGAGCGACAUCUAGGUUGUUUCCAGUUUCUGGCUAUUGCAAAUAAAGCCGCUAUGAACAUAGUUGAGCAAAUGUCCUUGUCGUAUGGUGGGGCAUCUCUUGGGUAUAUGCCUAAGAGUGGUAUAGAUGGGUCUUGAGGUAGAACUAUUCCCAGUUUUUUGAGUAACCACCAGAUGGAUUUCCAGAGAGGUUGUACAAGUUUACAUUCCCACCAUCAAUGGAGGAGGGUUCCCCUUUCUCCACAUCCUUGCCAGCAUGUGUUGUUACUUAAGUUUUUGAUCUCAGCCAUUCUGGCUGUUGUAAGAUGGAAUCUUAGUGUCAUUUUGAUUUGCAUUGCCCUGAUGGCUGAGGACAUUGAGCAUUUCUUUAAGUGCUUCUUGGCCAUUCAAGAUUCCUCUGUUGUGAAUUCUGUUUAGCUCUGUACCCCAUUUUUAAUUGGAUUAUUUUAUUUAUUGAUGUUUAAUUUCUUGAGUUCUUUAUUUUAGAGAUUAGCUGUCUGUCUGAUUUAGGGUUGGUGAAGAUCUUUUCCCAAUCUGUAGGCUGCCAUUUUCUUAUAUUGACAGUAUCCUUUGACUUCUCAGUUUCAUGAGAUCCCAUUUAUUAAUUGUUGAUCUCAGAGCCUGUACUGUUGGUGUUCUGUUCAGGAAUUUGUCUCUUAUGCCAAUGAUUUUCAGACAUUUCCCUCCACUUUGUCUUCUAAUAGAUUUAGAGUCUCUGGUUUUUUGUCAAGGUCUUUCAUCCACUUGGGCUUGAGUUUUGUGCAGGAUGAUAAAUUUGGUCUAUUUGCAUUUUCAACAUGCAGAAUCCAGUUAGACCAGCAGCAUUUGUUGAAGAUGCUUUCUUUUUUCUAUUGUAUGGUUUUGGCAUCUUUGUUGAAAAUCAAGUGCCUUUAGGAGUGUGGGUUUAUUUCUGGCUCUUCAAUUUGGUUCUAUUGAUCAACCUGUCUAUUUCUAUGCCAAUACCAUGCAGUUUUUAUUACUAUUGCUCUGUAGUAUAGCUUGAAAUCAGGGAUGUUGACUUAUUUGGCUAUCCUGGCUCUUUUAUUUUCCAUAUAAAAUUAAUGGUUGCUCUUUCCAGGUCUAAAAAGAAUUGUGUUGGACUUUUGAUGGGAAUUGCAUUGAAUCUGUACGUGGCUUUUUGCAGGAUGGCCAUUUUUACUAUGUUAAUCCUACUGAUCCAUGAGCACGGGAGAGCUUUCCAUCUUCUAAAAUCUUUUUCAAUUUCUUUCUUCAAAGACUUGAAGUUCUUGUCAUACAGGUCUUUCACUUGCUUGGUUAGAGUUACACCGAGAUAUUUUAUAUUUUUGUGUGGCUAUUGUGAAGGGUGUUGUUUUCCUAAUUUCUUUUUCAGCCCAUUUGUCGCUUGUAUUAAGGAGGGCUACUGACUUUGAGUUAAUUUUAUAUUCAGCCACUUUGCUGAAGGCGUUUAUCAGCUGCAGGAGUUCUCUGGUAGAAUCUUUGGGGGUCACUUAUGUAUACUAUCAUAUCGUUGAAUAGUGAUACUUUGACUUCUUCUCUUCCAAUUUGUAUCCCCUUGAUCUCCUUUACUUGUCUCAUUGCUCUAGCUAGAACUUUGAGUACUAUAUUGAAGAGAUAUGGUGAGAGUGGGCAGCCUUGUCUUGUUCCUGAUUUUAGCAGGAACACCUUAAGUUUCUCUCCAUUUAACUUGUUGUUGGCUAUAGGCUUGCUAUAUAUUGCCUUUAUUGUAUUUAGGUAUGUGCCUUGUAACCCUGAUCUCUCCAAGCUUUAAACAUGAAGGGGUGUUGGAUUUUGUUAAAGGCCUUUUCAACAUCUAAUGAGAUGAUCACAUGUUUUUUUUUUCCUUUCAGUUUGUUUAUAUGGUGGAUCAUGUUGAUGAAUUUUUGUAUGUUGAAUCAUUCCUGCUUUCUUGAGAUGAAGCCUACUUGAUCACGGUGGAUGAUAGUUUUGAUGUGUUCCUGGAUUUGGUUUUCGAGUAUUUUAUUGAGUACUUUUGCAUCAAUGUUCAUAAGGGAGAUUGGUCUGAAAAAUCUCUUUCUUUGUUGGGUCUUUGUGUUGUUUAGGUAUCAGGGUGACUGUGGCUUCAUAGAAUGAGUUUGGCAAUGUUUGUUCCUUCUGUUUCUAUUUUGUGGAAUAGUUUUUGUCAUGGUAUUAGUUCUUCGUUGAAAGUCUGGUAGAAUUCUGUGCUAAAACCAUCUGUCCCAGGGCUCUUUUUGUUUGGGAGGCUUUUGAUGACUCCAUUUCCUUAAGAUUAUAGGUUUAUUUAAAUUGUUAACUUGCUCUUGACUUUGGUAAGUGGUAUCUAGCAAGAAAAUCAUCCAUUUCAUUUAGAUUUUCCAAUUUUGUGGCAUACAGUUUUUGAAACACGAUCUAAUGGGCAUAUGGUUCACAGGGGUAACCACAAUGAAAAAAGAGAUACAAGUGUUGGUGUGUGAGGAACAGCUGAGAGGUGGGAAGGAGUUGCCGAAGCAAGUAAAUGGAAAUCGUGGAAGGAAGAAAAGGGGGAGGAGGAAGACAAUGAGGAGGAGGGAGAUAACAGGGAGAAGGAGGAGGAGGGAGAUUAUUGCAAGGGUCUGUCACAGAGAUUUAUUGGUUUUUCCAUGGCCCUGCAGAUCAGAACUCAAGUCACAGGUAGAAGCUGCUGCAGAUUUAGGUCUGUGCAAGGAAGACAAACAAACAACAACAAAAAAUCUGUCCUCUCUGAAGUUAGCCUUACAAAGCCAUGCUUAUAGCUGUUUGUGCAGCCUGCACAAGUGAUACAGAAGAGAAAGGGAAGAGUAGAGAAGACAGAGAGUGAGGCAACACAGAAGAAGAAGAUGGAAGAAACGGGUAGAGGCAAAAGAAAAGAAGAGGAGAAAUAAGACGAAAAAAGUCGUUUUGGAGUUCUGGGUAAUCACUGCAAACCUCUCCCUUGAAUUUCCUUCUUUAUCAGUGAUGCCCUGAAACACCAGCAGAUGGAGAUGUUGCCCUGGAAAAGGAGAAAUUUUCAGCCCUCACCCAAUUUAAAAUUCAAGUUUUCCUUUUCUUAAAAACGUGCCAAAAGAGAAUUCCAGAUGUCUCUGAAUCUGCGACCCCGAACUGAAUUGAAGAAGUAAAUAUUUGUAUGUAUGUGAGACCAAGCUGGGCGUCGGAUACCUGAGGAUUUGUGGCCAGGUUGAUUAACAGAGGGAGUUCCAGGUCAGCCAGGAUCACACGCACCGUGAUAGCCUGUCUAAAACAAGAACAACACAGCUCGCGAAGAGGAAAGCUUCCUUUCACUUUGGUUCACAGUUUUGGAGAUUUUGGUCUAUGAUUGGUCUGAUAGCUUAGAGCCCGUAGUGAGCAGUAUGUCACUAAAGCAAAGGUGCUCAUUUGUCGGUCUCUCCCAUGAAAGAGGAGGUACUGUACCUCACACAGGGGGCGUGCUCAUCGCGGGAGGAGCCUAAGAGUGGGCGGGAACGAAGCUCCACCCUGCGAGGGGCGUGGCUUCACUGCUCGCUUGCUCUGGGCCGGGCCCAGAACGCCACUUCCGGUUUGGGGGCCCGCGUGUGAACCGGCGAACUCAUGGCUGCUCCGGCGAAUCCCGAGCUCGCUGGCCAGACUGGAGACGCGGAGACAGAGGUGCUGCAGAGUGCACGGUGGCUGUACUGUGGAGAGCCUGACGACAGGCAGAAAGCUGUGCUGGUCCAGUUCUCCAAUGGGAAGCUGCAGAAUCCAGGCAACAUGCGCUUCACCUUGUACAACAGCAGCGACUCGGUAAACCCCAGGCAGAGGAACCAUCGGAUCCUGGCAGCUGAAACAGACAGGCUCUCCUAUGUUGGAAACAACUUUGGGACUGGUGCCCUCAAGUGCAACACUCUUUGCAGACACUUUGUGGGGAUUCUGAAUAAGACCUCUGGCCAGAUGGAAGUAUAUGAUGCUGAAUUGUUCAACAUGCAGCCACUGUUUGCUGAAGAUGCUAUUGAGCCUCCGCCUCCCCUGGAGAAUCAGAACAAGACUUUCAGGGAGAAGUUGGAUUCUUGCAUUGAAGCCUUUGGAAGCACCAAGCAGAAGCGGUCCCUGAACUCCAGGAGAAUGAACAAAGUCGGCAGCGAAUCUUUGAAUCUCACAGUCGCUAAAGCUGCGGAGAACAUCAUCGACACGAAGGGGGUGAAUGCUCUGGUCAGUGACGCCAUGCAGGAUGACAUACAGGAUGACUCCCUCUACCUUCCUCCCUGCCACGCUGACGCAGCCACGCCCGAAGACGUGUACAGAUUUGAAGACAUUCUGUCCCCAGCUGAGUAUGACGCUCUGGAGAGCCCAUCUGAAGCCUUCAGAAAGGUCACAUCAGAAGACAUACUGAAGAUGAUUGAAGAGAACAGCCACUGCUCCUUCGUCAUAGAAAUGCUGAAGUCUCUGCCAUCAGAUGAGGAGAGUCGCGACCGGCAAGCCCGAAGAGUCUGGUUUCUAGAUGCCCUCAUCAGAUUCCGAGCUCAGAAAGUGAUAAAGGGGAAAAGUCCCCUGGGCCCUGGGAUCCCCCACAUCAUCAACACCAAGCUGCUGAAGCAGUUCACCUGCCUGACGUACAACAAUGGCAGUUUACGGAACUUAAUUUCGAGUUCUAUGAAGGCCAAAAUCACUGCAUAUGCAAUCAUACUUGCCUUGCAUAUAAAUAACUUCCAGAUCGACCUGACUCUGUUGCAGAGGGACUUGAAACUCAGUGAGAAAAGGAUGACUGAGAUAGCAAAAGCCAUGAGGCUGAAGAUCUCCAAAAGAAAGGUGUCCCUGGCAGAUGGCAGGGAAGAGGAACACAGACUAGGCACUCUGUCUGUCCCACUGCCUCCGGCCCAGACCUCAGACCGCCAGUCAAAGCGGAAGAAGAUUCAGUAGGUGUUUCCCAGACCAGAGCCACUUCUGUUGAAAAGAAAGCACUGGACCUUGUGGAACAUCCCUAUAACUCAGGAGACUGGGGCAGGAGAAUUGUGAAUUCUGGCCUGUCUGAGGCUCUCCUGUGCUCCACCACACCCCUGAGGCCUCACUUCAGCGUGGUCAUCAGCCAGAAGCUAGCAUUCCAGUUGGGCCUCUCUUCUGCAGAGAUUAAAGUGGUGGCCCAGGUUUGA